AUCAAUCCAGUGACAGGCCCUCGUGAAGGAGGCACCAAAGUGACCAUCCGUGGGGAGAAUCUGGGGCUGGAGUUCCGAGAUAUCGCAUCGCACGUCAAAGUGGCUGGAGUGGAGUGCAAGCCACUGGUGGAAGGGUACAUCCCAGCAGAGCAGAUAGUAUGUGAGAUGGGAGAGGCCAAGCCCAGCCAGCACGCCGGAUUCGUGGAGAUCUGCGUGGCUGAGUGCAAACCAGAGUUCAUGGCCAGGUCUUCACAGCUCUACUACUUUAUGACUCUGACGCUCUCUGAUCUCAAGCCAAAGCGAGGACCAGUGUCGGGUGGCACCCAGGUGACAAUUACAGGCAACAACCUUAACGCUGGCAGCAAUGUGAUCGUGACCUUUGGGCGACAACCCUGCCUUUUCUACAGGAGGUCCACCAAGCACAUUGUCUGUAACACCACAGCCUCAGAUGAGGGCUUUGAGAAGGUGAAGGUGUCUGUGAGGGUGGACAAAGCCAAGAUACAUCAGGAGUUGCAGUAUGAAUACGUGGAGGAUCCAACUAUCCUGAGGAUUGAGCCUGAGUGGAGCAUCUUCAGCGGCAACACACCCAUCGCAGUGUGGGGAACUCACCUAGACCUGAUCCAAAACCCUCAGAUCCGGGCAAAGCAUGGUGGAAAGGAACACAUCAACAACUGCGAGGUGCAGAACAGCACGGAGAUGACCUGCCAGGCUCCGGCGUUGGCUGUAGACCCUAAUCACCACUCUGAGCUCGCCGAGCGUCCAGAGGAGUUUGGCUUCAUUCUUGACAAUGUGCAGUCUCUGCUGAUUCUCAACAAAACCAACUUCACCUACUACCCAAACCCCAUCUUUGAGGUUUUCAAUCCCUCGGGGAUCCUGGAGCUGAAGCCGGGAAGUCCGAUCAUACUGAAGGGCAAGAACCUGAUCCCACCAGUGGCGGGAGGGAACGCCAAGCUGAACUACACCGUUUUGGUUGGUGAGAAGCCCUGUGCGGUGACUGUAUCAGAUGUGCAGCUGCUGUGUGAGUCCCCAAACCUCACUGGACGGCACAAGGUGAUGGCUCGUGUAGGAGGGAUGGAGUUCUCCCCAGGGAUGGUCUACAUCUCUCCAGACAGCCCUCUCAGCUUGCCAGCUAUUGUCAGCAUUGCGGUGGCUGGUGGCCUGCUCAUCAUCUUCAUCGUGGCUGUGUUGAUUGCGUACAAGCGCAAAUCCAGAGAAAGUGACCUCACCCUCAAACGUCUGCAGAUGCAGAUGGACAACCUGGAGUCCAGGGUGGCACUGGAGUGCAAAGAAGCCUUUGCAGAGCUACAGACAGAUAUCCACGAGCUGACAAGCGAUCUGGAUGGAGCCGGGAUCCCUUUCCUUGAUUACCGAACCUAUACCAUGAGGGUGCUUUUCCCUGGCAUUGAAGAUCAUCCAGUCCUGAGGGAUCUGGAGGUCCCUGGAUACAGGCAGGAACGGGUGGAGAAAGGCCUGAAGCUCUUUGCCCAGCUCAUCAACAACAAGGUUUUCCUUCUGUCCUUCAUCCGCACACUGGAGUCCCAGCGCAGCUUCUCCAUGCGGGACCGCGGUAACGUGGCCUCGCUGAUCAUGACGGUGCUGCAGAGCAAGCUGGAGUACGCUACUGAUGUCCUCAAGCAGCUCCUGGCCGACCUCAUAGACAAAAAUCUGGAAAGCAAGAACCACCCCAAGCUGCUACUCCGCAGGACAGAGUCUGUGGCUGAGAAAAUGCUCACCAACUGGUUCACCUUCCUUCUCUACAAGUUCCUCAAGGAGUGUGCUGGCGAACCUCUGUUCUCCCUCUUCUGUGCCAUCAAGCAGCAGAUGGAAAAGGGCCCCAUCGACUCCAUCACGGGGGAGGCCCGGUACUCACUGAGUGAGGACAAGCUUAUCCGACAGCAGAUUGAUUACAAGACACUGGUCCUGAGCUGCGUGAACCCCGACAACGUGAACAGCCCCGAGAUCCCUGUGAAGAUCCUGAAUUGUGACACCAUCACGCAAGUCAAGGAGAAAAUCCUCGAUGCCAUCUUCAAGAACGUGCCCUGCUCCCACCGGCCCAAAGCUGCUGAUAUGGACUUGGAGUGGCGGCAAGCAAGUGGGGCAAGGAUGAUCCUCCAGGACGAAGACAUCACAACCAAGAUAGAGAAUGACUGGAAGAGACUCAACACACUGGCACACUAUCAGGUUCCAGAUGGAUCUGUGGUAGCUUUAGUCUCCAAGCAGGUCACUGCCUACAAUGCAGUCAACAACUCCACGGUCUCCAGGACCUCAGCCAGCAAGUACGAAAACAUGAUCCGGUACACGGGCAGCCCGGAUAGCCUCCGUUCCCGCACCCCUAUGAUCACCCCUGACCUUGAAAGUGGAGUCAAGAUGUGGCACUUGGUGAAGAACCAUGAGCACGGUGACCAAAAAGAAGGUGACCGGGGCAGCAAGAUGGUUUCUGAGAUCUACCUGACAAGGCUACUCGCCACCAAGGGCACCCUCCAGAAAUUUGUAGAUGACCUCUUUGAGACCAUCUUCAGCACUGCUCACCGCGGCAGUGCGCUUCCCCUGGCUAUCAAAUACAUGUUUGAUUUCCUGGAUGAGCAGGCUGACAAACACAACAUCCAUGACCCCCAUGUGCGGCACACCUGGAAGAGCAAUUGCCUCCCAUUACGGUUCUGGGUUAACAUGAUCAAGAACCCGCAGUUCGUCUUUGACAUCCACAAGAACAGCAUCACGGAUGCCUGCCUCUCUGUGGUGGCUCAGACUUUCAUGGACUCCUGUUCGACCUCGGAGCACCGGCUGGGCAAAGACUCACCCUCCAACAAGCUUCUCUAUGCCAAGGACAUCCCCAGCUACAAGAACUGGGUGGAAAGGUACUAUUCAGACAUUGCCAAAAUGCCAGCAAUCAGUGACCAGGACAUGAAUGCAUACUUGGCUGAGCAGUCUCGCAUGCAUAUGAAUGAGUUCAACACAAUGAGUGCGCUCUCAGAGAUAUACUCCUACGUUGGCAAGUACAGCGAGGAGAUUCUUGGGGCCCUUGAUCAAGACGACCAGGCUGGGAAACAGAAACUUGCCUACAAACUUGAACAAGUCAUAACCCUCAUGAGCAUAGACAGCUGA